CAUUCAGUCUGGCUGUGUGUGUGUGUGGACUGUGUGAGCCAUCCGUCCGGCCCGAUAGAAUUACAUUGCACUGACAAUCCACCCAAGUACUGACACUGUAGAGGCACCCUCCGCCCGGAACCAAAAAGAGAAAAUUGGGGCCGUGAGAAUGGCAGUGGAGGAAGAGGGACUGCGAGUUUUCCAAAGCGUCAAAAUCAAAAUAGGAGAAGCGAAGAACCUACCUCCAUACCCAGGGCCCAACAAGAUGAGGGACUGUUAUUGCACAGUGAACCUGGACCAAGAAGAGGUGUUCAGGACCAAAAUAGUAGAAAAGUCAUUAUGCCCCUUUUAUGGGGAAGACUUUUACUGUGAAAUCCCAAGGAGUUUUCGCCACCUGUCCUUUUACAUCUUCGAUAAGGAUGUCUUUAGAAGGGACUCCAUCAUCGGUAAGGUGGCUGUAAAGAAGGAAGACCUGCAGAAGUACCAUGGACGAGACACCUGGUUUCAGUUCCAGCACGUGGAUGCUGAUUCGGAAGUGCAGGGCAAGGUCCACCUGGAACUUCGACUCAGUGAAGUCAUUACAGACAGUGGUGUUGUAUGCCAUAAGCUGGCAGUCAGAGUUUUUGAGUGCCAAGGCUUGCCAAUAGUGAAUGGACAGUGUGAUCCCUAUGCCACUGUCACCUUACUGGGGCCCUCCAGGUCUGAGGCGAAGAAGACAAAAGUGAAAAGAAAAACAAACAAUCCCCAAUUUGAUGAAGUGUUCUAUUUUGAGGUGACCAGGCCUUUAAGCUACACCAGACGAUCCCAUUUUGAUGUUGAAGAAGAAGAUGUGGACAAGAUGGCGGUUAGAAUUGACUUAUGGAAUGCCAGUAACUUGAAGUUUGGGGACGAAUUCCUCGGGGAAAUUAAAUUCCCAUUGAAGGUGCUUAGGCAAUCCAGUGUCCACAAAGCAUGGUACUUUCUGCUGCCAAGGGACAAAGGGAGCAAGUCUACCAAGCCCGAUGACCUGGGCUCCCUCAGGUUGAACAUAGUUUACACAGAGGACCAUGUAUUCCCGGCAGAAUAUUACCACCCUCUCAGAGAUUUGUUACUGAAAUCAGCAGAUGUUGAGCCAGUAUCUGCCUCUGCCGCUCACGUGUUGGGUGAGGUCUGCAGAGAGAAACAGGAAGCAGCUAUACCAUUGGUUAGGCUCUUUUUACACUAUGGGAAGAUUGGGCCUUUUCUCAGUGCAAUUGCAAAUGCAGAGGUUAACAGGACUCUAGAUCCAAACACCAUUUUCAGAGGGAAUUCACUAACAUCCAAGUGCAUUGAUGAGACCAUGAAACUGGCAGGGAUGCAUUAUUUACAAGUUACAUUGAAACCAAUCAUAGACGAGAUUUGCGGAAACCACAAACCCUGUGAAAUUGACCCAGUGAAGUUAAAAGAUGCUGAAAACCUGGACAACAACAGGGAAAAUCUAAGGCACUACGUCGACCGGAUUUUCACUGUGAUCACCAACUCUGGGGUCAGCUGCCCGACAGUCAUGUGUGACAUCUUCUUCUCUCUGAGAGAAUCUGCUGCCAAACGCUUCCAAGUCGAUCAUGAUGUGAGGUACACAGCUGUGAGCAGCUUCAUCUUUCUGAGGUUCUUUGCUCCAGCUAUCCUCUCCCCAAACCUGUUCCAUCUGCGCCCUCACCACCCGGACCCACAAACAUCCCGGACCUUGACUCUCAUCUCCAAAACUAUCCAGACGCUUGGAAGCCUAGCCAAAUCCAAAUCUGUACCAUUUAAAGAACUGAACAGUUACAUUGUCUGUUUGCUAAGUUAUUUUUCUCAAAUCUGUUUUUCAUGCAAGUUCUUGGACUUGAUUUCAUCCUCUGGACGAAGAGACCACAAACACAUAGAAACACCCAUCAUGCUGAAGGAAGGAUUCAUGAUUAAAAGGGCCCAAGGAAGGAAUCGCUUCGGCAGGAAAAACUUUAAGAAGAGAUGGUUUCACCUCACCAACCACGAGUUCAUGUAUCAUAAAAACAAAGCGGAUCGUCCGCUGUGUAAUAUCCCAAUCGAGAACAUCCUCGCUGUGGAGAAGCUUGAAGAGUCGUCUUUCAAAAUGAAAAACAUGUUCCAGGUGAUUCAGCCAGAAAGAACGCUGUACAUACAGGCUAAUAACUGUGUCGAAGCUAAGGACUGGAUCGACAUUCUUACGAAGGUCAGCCAGCGCAACAAGAAGCGGCUCUCGAUGUACCACCCCUCUGCAUACCUCAACGGCCAUUGGCUGUGCUGCAAAGCCUCUUCAGACUGUGCUGCUGGGUGCUCACCGUGCACAGGGGGGCUACCAGCAAACAUCCAGCUCGACGUGGAUGGAGACCGAGAGACUGAACGCAUUUACUCUCUCUUCAGCACGUACAUGAGCAAGCUGGACAAAAUGCAAGAGGCCUGUGGCAGUAAGUCUGUGUACGACGGGCCGGAACAGGAAGAGUAUUCCGGCUUUGUGAUUGACGACCCCCAGGAGACAUACAAAACACUGAAGCUGCUGGCAGCCACUGUCCACACGCUAGAGCAGGAGCAUGCCCAGUACAAAAAGGACAAGUUCAUGAAGACCAAGUAUGGGAGCCAGGAGCAUCCCAUAGGAGACAAGAGUUUCCAUGGUUACAUCAGACAGCAGUCAGAGAGUUCGACGUAUUCCAUCUGAAUGGGAGAAGAGCAAAAGUUUGAUUCUUAGAUCAAAACAUUGUAUACCUGAAAAUGGUAGCAUAAUGUACAGAUCUAAAAAAAAAAAAAAAAAAAAAAAAGAAAAGCUUUCUCCAUUUGUCUGACUUACUAAAUGCUAUAUUUUUCACAAACUGUUACAGUAGUUGCUAUGCACUUUAGUCAUCUGCCUUUCACAGAUGAUGUAACUCUUUGUCUUUUUGGUGUUGUGUUUUUUGUCUUUUUUUAUUCUUUUAUACCUGCUUCAGUUUGAAUGAUCAAUUAAAUGAUCAAUGAGAACUGACGUUUUAGUAAAAUAAAUGUGUAAACUCCAUUGUGUUUCAAAUUCUCGGGGACCAAGCCAACUUGUAGGAGACACACAGCUUUAUACAAAGUUAGUGGGCCAAACACCAGUUUUUUUUUUGUUUUGUUUUGUUUUUCUUUGCCACUUCAAGAUUGCUUUGUCUUUUCUUUUCUUUUUAUACCUCAAAAAUCUAAAUAUUAAUCCCCUCAGCUGUUAUGUGAACCAGGGUUAUUAACAGGUUGUAUUUAUUUGUCAACACAAACUGGUAUUGUAUUUGUUUUUAAGGUACAGAGAGAGAGACAGUGCAGAUAUGUUCUGCGUUGGGUUCUUGAGACAUGUGUAGUGGUGUGUGCAUUAACAUCAGUGCCAUAUGCUUAGAUCAUCGGAGGAUGAUGUUUUGUAUACCAAGAACAUAAGGAACUUUUUACUUUAGACUGCUUUUUUUGUGACUGGAGGAACAAAUAGUGAUAGACAAUUCAAAUGUGUUCUUUAAAGUUUUAGCAUUGGUUUGUUUUCGUUUCACAAAAAGUAAAGCACCAUAGAGUAAAUAUGUUUGAAAAUACUACCCUCUAAGGUCGGUGUUUGUGUUCAUCAGGUAUUGACUGUUACAUAAAGUGUUGAGGAUAAAGUACUGAAUUGCGCUAGCCAAGUGUUAAUAUCAGCACUCUUAUGCUGCUGAACCAGAUCAGAAAUUAAAAACGCUGUUUUAAAAUGUGGUACAACUUUUUCUCCGAACCCCAGAAUGUUUUUUAGAAUUACCUCCUAAGCUGUAAAGUUUUUUUUUUUUUUUUUGGAGAGGGGGGAUGUAAAUUAUUUAUUUACAUCAAUUCUUGAAAGUUUUGUCAAGAGGGAUUAUUGUUAAUCUUCAGCUGGUUUAUGACAUGCUGCUGCUGUGCUGUUUUUGCUUGAAAUUGAGGUCAUGGUCUCUGUAUCACACAAAUACAGAACAGUAUGCCGUCUCGAUGUAUGGCAUUUUACAUUGAGUUUAAAAAAAAACCAAAUAAAUAAAAAUCUGUCAUUAGUCUUAAUAUUAUUAAUACAGUACAAUAAAGCAUUUUUCUUUAAAAAAUGCCAAGGAGCCAGUAAUAAAAUGUAUAAUUUUAUAACCGGUUUCUGUUUGGCCCAAAUCCCCGUACAGUUUAGUUUUGGGUGAGUAAUGAACACCAAUUCUGUUUUCAACUUGAAAAAAUGCAGCUGCAGCAGAAAAAGUAUCCUUUUAAUAGUCAUAUUUUGAAGGUUUAAAGCUGUAAAAA